CACAUACUAUUAGAGUGUACUGUGGAAUCGCUCAGCAAGCCAUCAACAUGCGGAUCCCAUUCCUGGCCGCUUCCUUCCCCUUUGUUCUUCUUCCCUUCGCCACCGCUCGUUCAUCCCAACAGCCUCUUCAAGUUUAUCUCUACCCGUCGCCCCAGUCCUCAACAAAUCAGCAGUUGACACCCCCAACAUUAUCCUAUACACAAGCAAAGGCUGUUCUUGAUCAUCAUCUCAGGCAGGAUUCUUCUGUCUUCGAUGAGAUUCCCGAAGAUGAGAGCAUGUGGGUGCAUCUGUUGGGAUUGUGGGAUUCAAGAGAGACUGGGAAGGCUAGAGUCGUUGUCGUGGAUGGUGGUGUAGAAGCUCAAGAUGUCUUGCCCCCGUCUUUACCUUCAGAGCCUUCAUUCUACCUCGACGACAAUGUUCGCUCUCAUUAUCUCCUUAAACCUUACGUCCAUAGUGCCAGGAAGACUUUCGAAUCCAUCGGUGAUGCUCUUCCUGCUUUUUCUAAGUCGAUUAAGGAUAUGUUUGACCUCGCUGGUACGAAGGCUGCGGAAAUCCUCUUUCAAGAGCUUUCUUGUCUUAGCGCCCUGGCAGACUCCCUUCCAUGGAUUGACCGUGCAGGCGAGCACCCUUGGAAUGCCGUCACCAUCACGGGCCUCAAAGAUGCGCAGAAAGGCUCUGAGCUAUGGGAGACUGGAAGGAAGACGGUGCAGGCUGGACUUGAGUCCAUGACAGGCUUUGACUCUCCUCCACUCCUGCUUAUUAUUCGGCCCUCGUCAUCGAAAGUUUUAUUGCCUCGAUCCGCUAUGACUAACUCUUUGCAAGGACGGUCGUUAUCAUCACAGACUUGCUACUCGUCCAAUGAGGCUUGCACCGAAGCUACCAACUGCAACGACAGGGGAAGAUGCGCUAUCAAAUCUGCUGAGAAUGAUUUGGAAUGUUGGGCAUGCAAGUGCAAAAACGGCUACACGGGUGAAGAAUGCCAGAAAGAGGACUAUUCCACCUCUUUCAUCAUCUUGAUUUUCUCCACCGUUCUUUUGCUCGCUCUGGCAGGAGGCAGUAUUGCUCUUCUCUCCACUAUUGGGGAGACAAAACUUCCAUCAACUCUCAAUCUUGCUGUCAGCGGCGGUGUAAAGCAUAAUUAGAAUGAGAUGCUCUCAACAAUAAUGUGGCAGGAUGAAUAACGAUGUGAAAAGAUGGGUGUGAUAAGAUAAUAAUAUUUGAUACAACAAACAAUUAUCCUUGAGAACUAUAUAUCACAAAAAACUAAACGAAACCGCCCUGAUCCUAAGCAUUACUUUGGG